AUGGGGCCUCGGACUUCAUAUCUCUCAAUUUCUUUUACACAGGAUGCACAACUGCAUUUGGAUGAUGCUGUCAGAAGCCAAGAUGACCUAAAAGAGCAGGUGGCCAUGAUUGAGCGUAGAGCUAAUCUGAUGCAGGCUGAGAUUGAGGAGCUCCGGGCAGCUCUGGAACAGACAGAAAGAGGCAGGAAGAUAGCUGAACAAGAGCUUCUGGAUGCCAGUGAACGUGUGCAACUCCUCCACACGCAGAACACCAGUUUGAUCAAUACCAAGAAGAAGCUGGAAACAGACAUUUCUCAAAUCCAGAGUGAAGUGGAAGAGACUAUUCAAGAAGCACGCAAUGCAGAAGAGAAAGCCAAGAAGGCUAUCACUGAUGCAGCCAUGAUGGCAGAGGAGCUGAAGAAGGAGCAAGACACCAGUGCCCAUCUGGAGAGGAUGAAGAAGAACCUGGACCAGACUGUGAAGGACCUGCAGCACCGGCUGGAUGAAGCAGAGCAGCUGGCAAUGAAGGGUGGCAAGAAGCAGCUCCAGAAACUGGAGCACAGGGUGCGUGAGUUGGAAGCUGAAGUUGAGAACGAGCAGAAGCGCGGUGCUGAUGCUAUCAAGGGUGUUCGUAAAUAUGAGAGGCGUGUAAAGGAGCUGUCCUACCAGUCUGAGGAAGAUCGGAAGAAUGUUCUGAGGCUUCAGGAUCUGGUUGACAAACUGCAGAUGAAAGUGAAAGCAUAUAAGAGACAAUCUGAAGAAGCUGAGGAACAAUCCAAUCUCAACCUUUCCAAGUUCCGCAAGAUUCAGCAUGAGCUUGAAGAGGCUGAAGAAAGGGCUGACAUUGCAGAGUCCCAGGUCAACAAACUGCGGGUGAAGACCCGUGAUACUGGAAAGCAGGUCAAAAGUGAAGAAUAA